CUUCACCUUCCAAUGAUCGAAGCGGAAAGCCAAAUGGCGGAGGCGGCAUCGUACGAGGAGCAGCGGAGGCGGCAGGUGGAGGCGAACAAGCGGAAGCUGGAGGAGCUCCGCCUCCACCACCUCUCCGCCGCCGUCCGCGAAUCCGCCUCCAAGCCGUCGCCGGUGAAGCAGCGGAAGAGGAAGGCGCGUGCGCUGCCGGGCGCCGGCGAGGAUGCCCCGCUCCGGCGGUCCGGCCGCGUCGCCAACCUCCCCGAGAAGCCCAAGUACCGCGACGAGUUCCAAGAUUUCGAGAAGAGGAUAAGGAGGUCUUAUGGCGGCAAGAGGAGGGAUUUGUCCAAUCGAGUUUACGCGACCGACGAGCAAAGGGACUACGCCAUCAACGCUGCUCAAGAGCUGGAAGAGGAGCUCGGCUCCGACUACCCAAUCUUCGUCAAGCCCAUGCUUCAGUCCCAUGUCACUGGAGGGUUCUGGCUGAGCCUGCCGACGCAUUUCAGCCGGAAGUAUCUGCCGAAGCGCGACGAGACUAUCCGUUUGGUGGAUGAGGAGGAUGAUGAGUUUGACACCCUCUAUCUUGCCAACAAGAGGGGGCUCAGUGGAGGGUGGAGGGGGUUUUCCAUUGCUCAUAAGCUAGUUGAUGGAGAUUGUUUGGUGUUCCAACUUAUCCAGCGCACGAAGUUCAAGGUCUACAUAAUCAGAGCAAGUUCCUACUAUGAAACUGACGACUGAUGUAGAGGCUCCAAAUAUCUGUGAUUGGGGCACAGGUCUUCUAGUGAAUUAGGUUGACCUGAAUUGGAGAUUGCUAGGCCAUCUUCAGUCUUUUGAGUGAUGAACAAUGUUCAAAAUAUUAACUACGUAUUAGGUUACUUAUGGACUAGCCAUCCUCAGUCUUUUGAUGGCAAACAAUGUCAGAAGUAUUAAAUUGGCAUAUAAUUUACCAGCUAAUAGGCUAAGUUGUUAGAUUUACUUUGAGCUUGCACAGUUCAGAAAUCUGCACUAUGUAAGGGAUAUCAUUGCAAUUGGUAACUGAGGAUGCUUUUUUAUACUAUUACUCCUUAUGUGAUGCGUCUGAA